AUGAGGCCGAGGGGUUUUUUACUUUACCCAUUGCCCUCCCACCUGCUCCCCCUCCUGCCCUCCCACCCUCUUGUGCGCAUUCCGUCGAGCACGUCGCGGGCGCACCUCCCGCCGCUGCCUCGGCUUGCCCCACCGCGGAUCGCAGAGCGAAGCAUCCCCGCUAGGCUACUAAAGAUGCCUCAUCAUGGUGGUAGGAAGAAGAAGAACAAGGGUGGGAAGGGGAAGCCUCGGAAGAAGACCGACGACCGCGGAGAGGCCAAUGUCGGGUCGGGCGACAGCUCGCCCGCCGUCCGCGUCGAGGAGGAGGCGGAGGUGGAGGCGGAGGCGGAGGUGGGGACGGCGGUCGAGCCGCAGCGCUCGGGAACGUUGGCCUCGCCCACUGACGUCGUCGAGGCAGCCCAACACGGCCAGCGGCAGCAGCAGGCCUCCCAGUCCCAACAGACACCAAGCCCUCGAAGUUAUGCAGCUGCAGUGGUGAACAAAAGAGAAGAUGAAACAGUUGGCUACAACUUCCUUCAGUUCCUUCGAAGCUUCACAGUAGAGCACAGAGAAGGGCCUUUCUAUGCUGGGGAACUAAAGAGUAUGGUCUAUCAGAACAGCAAAACUUUUUGUGUCUACUAUGGGCACUUCCAAGGACAAUAUGCAAACCUGGGUACAAAAAUAUCCAACUCAUAUGCGAGGGUCGUGGGCUUCUUGCGAAGUGCUAUAGGAAGAUUCAUCACCGAAUAUGAACUUGAUGAUCAAUGGAGAGAAAUAUCAAAUGACCCCCCAAAGAUUCAUAUUGAUGCCCUGCCCCCAGCUGGAAGCAUUGUUUCACUUCAAUAUUUCCUGGGACAAGCACAUAACAAACUUGUGGAGACUGCACGCAUCUAUGAUCCCAAUGGUAGCUUAGUCGCUGAUAGUACUAAGCUGGGAAGGAGAGUGUUCCUAGGGUUCCUCAUAUAUAUCAUCAAUCAGCAUAAAGAUGGACGCAGUUGGUGUGGUGAAUUUUCUAUUGAUGAUCUACUAGUCAGAAAUGAAUCAACAUUUGGAAUCACGAAGGCAGCUUCUUCCCAUGCAAGUUGUAAAGCAAUGGCUAAGGAUCUGAAACAGUUGGCAAAGAUACUAGAGAAACACUUUCGCACAGCUCAAGGGCAGGUCCCUGGCUACUUCAUUAAGCUUUUUUCUGAACUAAAAGAGAGCGCAGGAGAGCUCGGGCAGUACAACUCAGAGAAAACCAGGAAGUUCCAUAAGUAUCUGAGUUCGCAUCUUGCACUCAGGUCUGCGAUGUCAAGGAGGCACCUGUUUAUGGAUUUGUUCCGAGCGUACCAGCUACUUGGGAAAACUGCAAAGAAGGAUUUGAUAUCCCUUCUAGGAUCCAUGUUUCCAGAAGAUAAAUGGCUUGACCAAGUAGACAAGCACCAAAUGUUUAUAAAAGUAUCUGAGUAUGGCAUCGUGGAAGGUGACGCAGAUAAGGCAUCCAACAGUCAAGAUCAGAAGAAGAAAAGAUCAUACAGUGGCGAUCUUUUAGAUUUGCUGGUGUUUAUCCGCCACGUUACUGAGCACGGGGCGGAUCACACGAAAGAUGAUAACAUGGAGCAAAAACUCAAGAGUUUGGUUGAAAUUGACUUGAUAAUUGCUAAGUAUCUUUCGGCUGCUGUUGUAGACCUUAUCAAGGCUUUGGUGAAGAGUGACUUGCUAAAAGACACGUUUUCUGACCCGUGGAAUGCGUUUUCUAAUUCUUCCUAAUAGGUGGGUUAGCACGCUUGUUGGAGAAGAGAGGCACCACUGCAUAUCUUGUAUUCAAAGUGCCGUCAAGGACUUGAGAGUGCCUCGUUCAGUAAUCAUAGUUAGCUGAAGUCUGUGGUGUAGGUGUUUAGCUUCCAAACUUGGUUAGAAUUUUGAGUUUCCUGCUUACUGGCGUAGUAUGCUUCAUAUUUUUUUCCUUUUUCUUGUUUUGAGGUUGGGCCAGGUGAGGUACCCCCCGCUCUCCAGUAAGGACCCCUGACUGUUAGUUCUAUGCCAGGAGAGUAGUUUUGGUGUGAUGUGUUGGGACUUGGGAGUUGUUCAGUCUUUUUGAGCUUAACCUGUAAAGUUGGUACCCGGCGUGCGUAUGGAUCGGAGCUGGUGAACAGAGAAGGAAGACGCGCACAUUGGGGAUGAUUUUGGAGCGUGUUGACUGUUGAGGACUGGUAGGUUGCUAGGGAAAUCAGCAUAACCUGGAUUACAGCCCUUGUUUGGGGGGUUUGUUCUCUGUCGGUUGGUCUGCAAUGUUUAUUUUAAUCCCCUUUCUUAUUGUUGGCUAUUUCUUGUCAUGCUACCCUCAUGGAAAUAUCGAUCUUUUACAUUAGCAUAUAAAAUAUUAAUUAUUGGACCAUAAAUAAUGCUUAAA